AUGCGAGAUAUAAUCGUUGCGUCUCGUGGAUUCACCCUCUUCCUACGUACGAGAAGGGCUGGUCGCGUUUCCAUCGCGCGGUUCCCAAACGCGCGGUAUUCCACAGUUUCAUCGGAUUGCAUCGACGAGACAUUUUCUCUUCCUGUUGGAAACAAUGGAUCGAUCGAUUUGAAAAUUACGCGACCAAGCACAUUAUGCUCUCAUGAAACAUCAUCCGGAUAUCCAAAUGUGAUUCUUUAUCUGCCGCCAGGACCUUUGUUCCACGACACUCAUACUGAAACAUCUCCAUCAGAUGGGCUGUCGACGUCUGAAGUCGAUCAUGUCGACGCCAGGGAGAUGCAAGGCCCAUGCUAUGCACUAUCACCGCAGCAUGUGCUAGCAAGCGCCGCAUCAGCAGUGGUAGUCACAAUCAAUUACCGACUUGGAAGAAUCAAAGAUUCAAUAUCUUCACUUCCUUCAACCCCAAGCCCGGAUCUGCAAAGAGAAACUCCAGACCAAACCCUGGGCGCAACAAACCCACACUCAGAAACGUACAAAUACCCAACCCCAGUGCACGACACCCUAGCCGGCUUUGACUGGAUCAAAAGCAACCUGAAAUACGCAAAACUAGGAAUAUACGGUACCCACAUCGGCGGAUCUCUAGCUCUGAUGCUAUCCCUGACAGAAGCACAAUCAAUCAACGCAGUAGCAGCCACAAACCCAGUCUGCGACUGGCCAAGUCUGGACGAAUACUGCACAACAGAAGACCCCAGUCCCACGACAGAUCCAGAAAGCACCAGCAAAACAUCCUCAAAACAAAAACGCGCCCCAAAAAAACGAUCCGCGCCAUCAGACCUAGUCCCUCUCCUUCAAGCCCGCUCAAGAUUCUUCGCAACGCCAGAAAAGACCUUCGACUCCUUCGCCUCGCCCAUACUUUUUCUCCGCUCUGCUGGCCGCGACGUCCCACGUACUUUCCCGCAGUAUCUGACCGGACCGGAUUAUCCGACUCCUGUGCUGCAGAAUACACGGACUGUGACGGCUGCUGAGGCGUAUAAUGCUGCUGAGGGGUCACUUUGGGAUCAGGAUAUCUAUCCUGAUGGGGAUGGAGAUGAGGUUGAUAUUCUUGCCGGGGCGAGUACGCGUCGACGGAAGGCUCUGUCGAGGUGGCCGCCUUAUGGGCUUGACUAUGGGAUUAAUGGGACGAGGUGGUCGGGGCCUAGUGAUGGGAUUGGGAGGUUGGAGGUCACUUUGCCUUUUGUGAGGGUUUUUGUUGGGGAGGGGGUGGAUUCUGGGGGCGAGCAUGAUGGUCAAAGGGAGGGUAUAUCUGAGAGUUCUUUGGAGAAGAAGGGCGUCAGGGGGAAUGAAAGAAGCUUGGAGGAUACCGUUCUUGGGAGGCAGGCUGAGGAGAUGGUCUCUGCUAUGCGGAGGGCUUGCUUUUGGGGGAGGGAGAAGGGAUUUGGUGAGCGAAGGGUUGUUUUGUCUAGGGUUUUGUGGGACGUUGAACAGUCGCGGGAAGUCGGGGGUGUGGUUAAAGAGUGUGUUUGA